ACAUUAAGCUGUUAAGUAGAGGCAUGUUUUGCAAUCUCUCGUUUAGCUACCAAUUGGAGCAGUUUAAUGUGCUUGAGUCCCCGGCGUGAUGUGUUCAUGGACGAAGUUGCCGAUGGAUGUUGUCAGGUGUUGCAACUGGAGGGCCCAGAUGGAUCAAUGAGGCAUUUAAAGCGUAGAAUCUCACCCUGAACCCAGAUUAUUCAGAUAAAGAACUGGUGACACGUGGCUCUACAUUCAGCACAGCUGUGGUGUCCCCAAGUGCCAUGACCCAGGAGCCAUUCAGAGAGGAGCUGGCCUAUGACCGGAUGCCCACGCUGGAGCGGGGCCGGCAAGACCCCGCCAGCUACGCCCCGGACGUGAAGCCGAGCGACCUGCAGCUGUCGAAGAGACUGCCCCCCUGCUUCAGCCACAAGACGUGGGUCUUCUCUGUGCUGAUGGGGAGCUGCCUCCUGGUGACCUCCGGGUUUUCGCUGUACCUGGGGAAUGUGUUCCCGGCUGAGAUGGAUUACUUGCGCUGUGCUGCAGGCUCUUGCAUCCCUUCGGCAAUUGUGAGCUUCACCAUCUCCAGGAGGAGCGCCAAUGUGAUUCCCAACUUUCAAAUAUUGUUUGUUUCCACGUUUGCUGUGACCACUACGUGUUUAAUUUGGUUUGGCUGCAAACUAGUCCUGAACCCAUCAGCAAUAAACAUCAACUUCAACCUCAUCCUGCUGCUCCUGCUGGAGCUGCUCAUGGCAGCCACGGUGAUCAUCUCUGCACGGUCCAGCGAGGAGUACUGCAAGAAGAAGAAGGGCUCCAUGUCUGACAGCGCCAACAUUCUGGACGAAGUGCCAUUUCCUGCUCGGGUCCUGAAAUCUUAUUCAGUCGUCGAGGUAAUCGCAGGCAUCUCUGCCGUCCUCGGGGGGAUAAUUGCCCUGAACGUGGAUGACUCAGUCUCAGGCCCACACCUCUCAGUGACGUUCUUUUGGAUCCUAGUGGCCUGCUUUCCAAGUGCCAUUGCCAGUCAUGUGACAGCAGAGUGUCCCAGCAAGUGUCUGGUGGAGGUCCUGAUUGCCAUAAGCAGCCUCACGUCUCCGCUGCUGUUCACAGCCUCUGGAUAUCUGUCAUUCAGCAUCAUGAGAAUUGUGGAGAUGUUUAAAGAUUACCCACCAUCCAUAAAACCAUCCUACGACGUGCUCUUGCUGCUGCUGCUGCUGCUGCUCCUGCUGCAGGCCGGCCUCAACACGGGCACCGCCAUCCAGUGCGUGCGCUUCAAGGUCAGCACAAGGCUGCAGGGCGCAUCCUGGGACACCCAGAGCGGCCCGCAGGAGCGCCUGGCUGGGGAGGUGGCCAGGAGCCCCCUGAAGGAGUUUGACAAGGAGAAAGCCUGGAGAGCCGUCGUGGUGCAAAUGGCUCAGUGACCCCCAGACGCGGAAACCGGGUGGCAGUGCCCAGCCUGGCCCCAAGCACGGAAACGCACAACCCCUAAUCGCCCUGAGCUACUGCUUCUAACACCUCUUUUCCCUUGUGUGAGGGCAAACCAGGCUGCAGGUGGGGUUUUCACUUCCUAGGGUAGUUCAAUUUUAAAAUAGGCCACUGUUGGCUAGUCUGUGCCUCAGUCAGCUCAGUCAGCUCCGAGUGGCUCCCGUGUCCUAACAGCAGGAGCAUGGCUGCAACUUUCCAGGCCGAGGAAGGGCCCCCAGCUCCGCCUCGAGAGCCCCACCCCUGAGCUGGCCCCAGCUCCUCUUCCUGCCUCUCUCAUGGCUUGGGCUGGAGUGGGCUCUCUGGACCUGACCGGGAGCCAGACUGUGGGUCCCUGCGUCUCCUGCCCACUCUGACCUGGCUUCCUCCCUCCACACGUCGGGUCUAUCCCGGGUGCCCAGUCAGCCCAGUGGGAUCUUAUCCACUUCCCUGCGAGGUGCACCUGCCCCAGGCUCAGCCUGC